AUGGACGCCAUCUAGAUGAGCUGGCUAGUUCAUUGCACACAGGGAGCUGAUUCCACCACAACUUCGUGGUAAAUCUUUUCCAAGGUGUUAGAGACAAAGAUUCCCUGCUGUACAAGAAGAAUGGACGCCAACUGGGUAUCGCUGAAGCUCAUUCUGGCAGCAGCGCUGUUGCAGUCUUCAUGUGCAGUUGAGUUGAAUGUUACCACACCUGAGGUAGAAGUAGGAAAAGCUGCCAACGUGACAUUGAAAUGUUUUAAUCUGUUUCCCAAAACAGAAAUUUCUGCAAUUGUCACGUUGAGAUUACUCAAACGGGACCACGAAAAGUGGAACAAGACAGUAGAGAUACGGCGAGGCGGCAAGGUGGAAAUCAAACAAAAAUCCCUAAACGCAUUCGCUGAGGGCAGUAUCGAGACUGUUGCUGACAGCUUUCUUCAGCUGACCUGGCCUGUGUCGACCAAUGACACAAUCGGUCAAUACCGCUGUGACGUCGUCGGGUUGUCUUCCCCGGACGACUUUGUCUUGCAGAAAAGUCUUCCAGUUGUAGUCACCCGCAAAACGCACAUCACUCUGCACUCCCUGAGCGAAACAGUGGAGGAAAACCGACAAGUUUGUUUGCAGCAACUCCGCUCACUGAGAGAAGACGUUCUGAACACCACGACGACGCUUGAAGCAAGUUUUCAAAAGCUUGAAGCAAGUUUUCAAAACACGUUGAAGAGCCUGGUAAAGGUGUUGAACUUCAACACGGAAAAGAAGAAGAAAGAGGAUCUCAAACAGACGCAAGACAUUCUCCACAAUGUGACAGUGAACAUGGCCACUCUCCAGGAUGGUUUCCAGCACCGUUUGAGCAACGUCAAGGAGCAGCUUCAGCGGCACUCUUGUGCUGAUGUCCGGUACUUGUCCCGCCCAUCGUAUGUGCGUCUCUAUAACGACAUGGAUGUCGUCUGCGAUAAGGGAUGGAUCGUGAUACAGAGACGGCCCGUGGGCGGCCUGGACUUCCGAAGAAAAUGGGAAGACUACAGGAACGGGUUCGGAUACCCUCCUGACAACUUCUGGUUUGGCUUGGAGAAAGUCCACCGACUGACAAGACUGGGGAGAUACCAGUUGAGGAUCGACAUGACGUACAAGAACAAAGACUACUUCGCCAUGUACGACAGCUUCUCUUUGUCAGAGGGAGAGAACAACUACAAGCUUCACGUCUCCGGAUUUUCGGGGAACGUUGGUGACCACUUGGCUUACAACAAUGGUCAAGAGUUCACAACCCCUGACAGGGACAACGACCAACACCGACACAACUGCGCCACACUUCACUCCGGGGGCUGGUGGUACAAUAGGUGCACCUGGGCCAAUCUCAACGGGGAGUGGGCCAGCACAGAAGCUGCCAAAAAUCUGGAGUGGUAUUCCUUAACGGGAAGUCGUGGGUCUGUCUCCUUCAGCAUGAUGAAGAUCCGACCUCUGUGCUGAGUGACUUGAUUAAGAUCCAACUUCUGUGCUGAGUGACUUGAUGAAGAUCCGACCUCUGUGCUGAGUGACUUGAUGAAGAUUCGACCUCUGUGCUGAGUGACUUGAUGAAGAUCCGACCUCUGUGCUGAGUGAUUUGAUGAAGAUUCGACCUCUAUGCUGAGUGACUUGAUGAAGAUCCGACCUCUGUGCUGAGUGACUUUCCCGGCCACGAAUACCCCAUCUCAUAACUGUGUACUUAACCCUAUCCGUACGCCUUGGGGUCAUUUUGUACCCUCGGGGUUGUAUUCUUCACAUUUUAGAAUACUUAUA